ACCUCAAUUAACAUAAAAUCACCAUACAUCUCUCAACUCAACUUUUAAUAUUUAUAUCUAUAUAUGUCUACAUAAUACACAUUCCUCAUCUCCUCUCUCUUCUCUCUGUUUCUCAGAAACUUCAACUGGACAACAAAACACACACCCCCCUUCCUUCCCUUUUACUUCUUCAUCAAAACUCACCAAUGGACUACCUCUCCCUUCACUUCCACAAUUUCAUUCACACUUAAUUAUUUAUUUUUCCAUAUUCAGUUUGCUCUAAGUAAAUGAGGUGUAAAAAACAUCAAUCCGACCUCACUAGCAGCGUCGGCGUCUGCGCCUCUUGUCUCCGAGAACGUCUCUUUGCUCUUAUAGCUGCACACGCCCAAGCUCAAGCUCAAGCUCAACGCGCCACCUUAGAACAAGAUACCCGGAAACAACACGACCCUCCUCCUCUUAUAUUCCCUCGUUCCGUUUCUCCUUACGUCACUCGUCGAAAAUCUGACGACACCACCACUCCAUGGUCCUACCACAACCCUUUUUACAGUACUCCUCAAGUGGGUCCCACCUCCACAACAUCUACUUUCUCUGCUAAGAAGAAAUACGGCAAGUUGUCUAUAUUUUCCAAUCUAUUCAGGUCCAGAUCCGAAAAUUUCAAUUCGGAUCCUUCUGUUCCUUAUACGGAUUCCUGCGACUCUUCCUCCUCCUCGUUCCUUUCAUCGAUAUUUCGUUCUCGCCGGAAAAAGCAAUCGACUUUCUGUUAUCCAGAAGAAUCUACAGCCGGUGGCCAGAGAGAUUCUCGAGUGUCAAAUCGCGGAAUGUCCCCGGCGAGAGGAGUAGAUUAUGACGAAGACUGCGUUCGGUCGCCGUGGGGUAGUUGGGAAUCGUCGGAAGAGUGGCGAAAAACGCCGAUGACAGCACCAGCUGCAGUCAGACGGACGCGAACGGGACAAAACAGGAACGUGUCUGGAUUGGCGUUUUGUUUGAGUCCGUUGGUAAGGGCCAGUCCAUGUCGGCAGUGGAACCAGAAGGGUGGUUUGCCACCAGACAUUGGAUUCUCGGGCGAGAUAAGGGGUACGGUAAAGCCACAACUAUCAACUGCGGCGUCGUUUUGUGCAAAUCGAUCGAGGAAGCUUGCUGAUUUUGGGAGAGUGAAUCAGAAGCGUUGAGUGUUGUGCACGUUGACAUUCACCCAUCCACCAUGGUUGUGAUAACGUGUUAAUAAAAUGUACGGUUCUUUUACCCUUUACUCCUUUGCUGUAUUAAGAUUUUAUUAUUUUUUUACUUAUUGACAUGGUUUAUAAAUGAAAAAUACAAAUCAAAUCCAGUGAAAAGAA